GGCGCCAACUUGUGAAACGGUGGGAAACAAGCAUUAGGCCCUCCGAUGUCAAUCAUCAACACGUGUCGUACGUACUGUUAGCAGUAUUGGCACCACGUGUUGAAAGAGGGUUGCAUCAGCUCUGUUGAUGCACCAUGUGUUGUGCCACUGCGGUUGACAAUGUGACUGUCAUUUGAUUUAUUUCCCUUUACAAGCCUGGCAUGCCCCACUUUUUAUUUUUUUAUUUUUUUCUCACUACCACGUCACAUGAAUAGCAUCGUCCUAUAUCAGACCUAUUCAACUUUAAGCCCUUAAAUGGCAUCAAAACCGGCAGUGGUUCUCAACUGGUGGGUCCGGAUGCAGAUUAGUCACAAAUGACAGAACAUAUGUACUUUGCAGUACUUUUUGAUAUUUCAUUUGACUUAUUUGUAUGCAUAUAGUUAUCAUGUUAUUCCUCAAUUCCUUGACAAAAUGCUUUAAUAAAUUCUUCCAAAAGGGACUUAUACCAAUGUUUGUUACCAAUGUCUCAAAAGAUGACAGGCCAUAUUAAAAAACAUUUGUAAACAAAAAAAAGAAUAAAAAUUUUAAAUAAAAAGUUAAAAAAAUAUUCAAAUAAAUACAAUUAUGAAUUACUUAAGUUUAAAAAAAUUGAAAUGAAAAAAAUGACUUAAAUAAUAGUGGUUAAAAAUGAAAAAUAAAAAUGACUGUCAAAAAUAAUUAAAAAUACAAUUUAAAAAUGACAAAAAAAUAAUACAAACAACUUAGGAAAUGUAAACUAAAUUUAAAUAAAUACCUAUAUAAAUUAUAAACAAUGGCUUAAAUAAAAGUAUUUCAGGAAAUAAUAAAAAUGACUGUAAUAAUAAUUUGAAAUAAAUACAAAUAAUGACUUAAAAAUAUAAAAAAUAAAACAAAUAAAAAUGACAGUGUAAACAAUGAUAAAUAACAAAUUCAUACAAAUACAAAUGUUGAAUCAAAGAAAAAAGGAUAAUAUAAAUAAUACAAAUGCCUUAAAUAAAAGUAAAAUAAUAAAAAUAAAUCAGAAUGACUUAAAUAAAAGCAUAAAAAUAACAUAAAAAGUUCAAAUAACUCAAAUAAAUGCACAAAAAAUAUGCAAAUAAACGUUACGUGAAAUGUAAAAAAGUACAAAAAACUAGUCCUGUCCUUUAUUGACCGUAUCAAACCAGACUGAUUAUGAUAUAGACAUGCACUGUCAUUAUUAUCAAAAAGUGUUGUUAUGACGUAUUAGUCUGACUAAUGGGGUCCAUCAGUGUGUGUUACACAUGAAACACAUGGUCACAGGGGUCGAACCCGACCUCUACAUCGAACUGAGAGCUUGAUCCGUGACAUAUAGUUUGAUGACACAGACAGCGCCGACGCAGGUGUAUCUCAGCCUUCUAUCAUCCAUCAUCCAAGCAGUGACAGUGAAGGCGGCAUUAAAUUACGCCAUCCAUGUCACGCUUUAAACUGCUGUCUCUACUCUUUAAUCACACCUGAGGGUUUUGGGUUUCAGGCGUCAGUCAUGUAUGAUGAUGAGUGCUCCACCUGUGCUCACAAAGGUUUUUUUUUUUAAGAAAAAAAAUGAAACUGUAUCAUGUGUAGAGAGAAGCAUGAUGAGGAAAUUGUUUUGGUUGAUGUGAUGUGUGAUGUGAGACGUCGGCAGGGUGCACGGCUCAUGUUCUUUGUAGAAGAAGGUGGGCAGGAUGCAGCGUGAGUGUGAGGGUGGGGGGGGGGCGCGUGUUGAUGUUGCAGACACAGAGAUAGAAUGAUACAAGCACGUGAUCUUAACGGCGGCUGAGGAACACCAUAAAAGAGCGGAGAAGAGGAUGCGGCCACUUCACUCGCACUCAGAAGAAGAAGAGCCGUGCAUCACAUCAGAUCUUGUACAUUCCACAACAGGGCAACAUGGAGGAUCUCAUUCAUUCCACAUAUAUGACCGGAGUCACCCAUGACUUUGUUACUGACCCCGCGGACGAUUACAGCGACUACUACGACACCGGUCCCACCGAGACCACCGGAAUGUGUGACAGGAGCUGGGUCCGACAGUUUCGAGGGCGGUACGAACCGCCCCUCUUCUGGAUCAUCUUCGUGCUGGGUUCCCUUGGCAACCUCAUGGUGGUCUGGAUCUACACCACGGUGCGCAACCGCCUCAAAACCAUGACCGAUGUCUAUCUGCUCAACCUGGCCGUGGCCGACCUCCUCUUCCUGUGUACGCUGCCCUUCUGGGCCAUGGACGCCACCAAAGGAUGGGACUUUGGCGUCGGCUUAUGCAAGGUGGUGUCCGCUGUCUACAGGAUCAACUUCUUCAGCAGCAUGUUCCUGCUCACGUGCAUCAGCGUGGACCGCUACAUCGCCAUCGUGCAGGUCACCAAGGCUCAAAACUGGAAGAAAAAGCGUCUCUUCUACAGCAAACUGGCCUGCUUGGUUGUGUGGUUGCUCUCCACCAUCUUUGCUCUGCCUGAGUUUAUUUUCGCCCAAGUGAAGACGGACCUAAGCGGGUCAUCGUUCUGCGUCCUGGUCUACUGGAACAACCUAAACAACCGAACAAAGAUCUUAGUGCUGUCCCUGCAGAUCUGCAUGGGCUUCUUGCUCCCGCUCCUUGUCAUGAUCUUCUGCUACUCCGUCAUCAUCCGCACGCUCUUGCAGGCCCGCAACUUUGAAAAACACAAAGCUCUACGCGUCAUCUUCAUCGUGGUAUUCGUAUUCGUCGUCUCUCAGCUUCCGCACAACGGCCUACUAAUGAUGGAGGCCUCGCAGGCCGCCAACACCACCAUCACCGAGUGCGACGUCGUCAAGCGUUUCGACGUGGCCGGUCAAAUCGCCAAGAGCCUAGCGUACACCCACGCUUGCUUGAACCCUUUCCUGUACGUCUUCGUCGGGGUGCGCUUCAGGCAGGAUCUACUGAAAAUGAUAAAGAUGUGCGGUAGCGGACUGAGCAAAGGGGGACUCGGGAAAAGCCAAGCCGGUCCUAAACGGCCGUCGGUCGCGACUGACACUGAUACCACACCUGCUCUUUCCUUAUAAGGCAAGAGGUUGGUAUCAAUCCUGCAUGAAUUCAGUUCUAGCCGUGUAUAUAAUGUAAAUGAGUGUAAAUACUCUAAAUACUGUCAUUUUUCCUACAUGUGUAACCGCAUUAGAAGACUUGUAUAUUUUCACACACAACCAGCAUUAAAAAAACAGAUCUUUACUAAUAUUAUUUUUCAUC